CAAACAACUUUUUUCAAUAUUAUUCUCAACUGAGUCCAAAAAAAGCCGCCUAUAUUACACUACACUUGCCAUUGCCAGCCCCACUCUGGCACUAACAACCAUGGCCAAUCCGCGCUCCAUUUUCGCCAUUACUUAUCUGUUAGCUCUUCUGAUCUGUCACGGCGUCUCCGGUCGCCGGGCGCCGCCGCUGUUCGAGUCCGCUUCGCCGUCCUCCGUCCCUGCGCCGAUUUCAAGGCGCAAUAUGCUCGCCAAUAGCUUCGGCCUCACUCCUCCUAUGGGCUGGAACAGCUGGAACCAUUUUGCUUGCAAUGUUGAUGAGAAAAUCAUCAAAGCGGCCGCUGAUGCUCUUGUUUCAACUGGUCUUGCUAAGCUUGGGUAUAGAUAUGUCAAUAUAGAUGAUUGCUGGGCUGAAAUCAACCGCGAUGACCAGGGUAAUCUGGUUCCUAAGAAUUCAACAUUCCCCUCCGGGAUUAAAGCCCUCGCAGAAUAUGUGCACAGUAAGAACCUUAAGCUAGGAAUCUACUCAAGUGCAGGAUAUCUCACUUGCAGCAAAACAAUGCCUGGUUCACUCGGUUAUGAAGAGCAAGAUGCUAGAACUUUUGCAAAUUGGGGUAUAGAUUAUUUGAAGUAUGACAACUGUAACCAUGAUGGAUCUAAGCCAACCGUGAGAUUUCCUGUUAUGACCAGAGCUUUAAUGAAGGCUGGACGCCGGAUCUUCUAUAGUCUAUGUGAAUGGGGUGAUAUGCACCCGGCUCUAUGGGGCUAUACAGUGGGAAAUAGCUGGAGAACCACAAAUGACAUUGCAGAUACAUGGGAUAGCAUGAUCUCAAGAGCAGAUCAGAAUGAGGUUUAUGCCGAGUAUGCAAGGCCUGGGGGUUGGAAUGAUCCUGACAUGCUUGAAGUUGGAAAUGGGGGAAUGACAAAUGAUGAAUAUGUAAUCCACUUUAGUUUAUGGGCCAUUUCAAAGGCUCCUCUCAUUAUUGGCUGUGAUGUGAGAAAUGUUACAAAAGAGACGCUCCGAAUUCUUACAAACAGGGAGGUGAUAGCUGUGAAUCAAGAUUCGCACGGUGUCCAGGCAAAAAAGGUUAGAAUGGAAGGUGAUAUUGAGAUUUGGGCUGGGCCGCUUUCAGGCUACCGCGUAGCUGUUGUCCUCUUAAACCGUGGCCCCAUCCGGUACCCGAUAACAGCAGAGUGGGAUGACAUUGGAAUUCCUCUUAAAAGCACUGUAGUUGUACGAGACCUUUGGGAGCACAAGACAUUGAGGACAAGAUUUGACGGGAAUUUUACAGCGACUGUGAACCCUCAUGCUUGCAAGAUGUACAUUUUCAAGCCUGUUGGUUAAGAGUUCCAUAGUAAAUUGAUGAUGUCUGAAUAAAUGCAAGUCAAGUGACUCUUUUUUUCAAGAUUUCAGAUCAUCAAAAAAAAAAAAAACUGAAAAGUGAAGGAAUUGAUUCUGUGCCAAUGGAGUGUGCUGUGUGCAAUCUGGUUUUUUUGGGCGCAAAAGAAAAAAAUAGGAAAAAAAGAGCUUGCCAUAUACUCCCUCCGUCCCAAAAUAUUCACAACAUUUGCUUUUUCAGCAGUGUCGGGAACUUUUGUUUAUUUCAACGUUUUCAUUGAUUAUUUGAUAAAAUAAAAUAUUCUUGACACCUCUUAUUUCGAAGAACUUUUCAUGUAGUUUUUUUAUAUGUAAAUUUUAUUUUUUAUUUCUUUACCAAUAUGUAAAUAAAAUGAAUUGAAAAAACUUGAUAUUUUGUCUCGGAAAUACAAAUGUGGCAAAUAAUUUGGGACGGAGGGAGUAAUGUUUUUGGUUCAAUAAAAUUGCACCCUGCGUGUAUUUCUUGAAACUUGUUCAUAAUGUUAUUUAUCAGUGAUUCCAAACUUGGAUGCAUUUGUUAAACUUAU